GGGGGCGUCCCGGCCGCUGCAGCCGCCUGAGGGAGAGCCGGGGGCUGCCUCUUCGGAGUUGGGGCUGAGCUGUCCACGGGGGAGAGCGCGCCAAGACUGCUGCAACUGCGGGCCAAUGGGUUUUAAGAAAUAUUGGAGAGAGAAUGCAGAGGACUUGUUUUCUGUUUUGGAUGGAGGCUCUCUCCCUGAAGACCUGAAGAGCUGCUUCCAAUCCAAACCGAGUUCCAGUAAAAGUGUCUCUUAGAUUCAAGGUUAAACCAAUCUACAGUAAUGGCUGCGGCCUUACCCAGGACCCUGGGAGAGUUGCAGCUAUAUAGAAUAUUGCAGAAAGCCAAUCUGCUCUCUUAUUUUGAUGCCUUUAUCCAACAAGGUGGUGAUGAUGUCCAGCAACUGUGUGAAGCUGGAGAAGAGGAAUUUUUGGAAAUCAUGGCACUCGUUGGCAUGGCUAGCAAACCCCUACAUGUUAGAAGAUUACAGAAAGCUUUGAGAGACUGGGUUACAAACCCUGGCCUUUUCAAUCAGCCACUGACUUCCCUUCCUGUCAGUAGCAUACCUGUCUACAAAUUACCAGAAGGAUCACCAACAUGGCUAGGAAUAUCCUGCAGUAGUUAUGAAAGGAAUAGCAAUGCCCGGGAACCUCAUUUAAAAAUUCCCAAAUGUGCUGCCACCACCUGUGUGCAGAGUUUGGGACAGGGGAAGUCAGAUGUGAUGGGGAGCUUAGCACUGCAGAGUGUUGGCGAGUCCAGACUCUGGCAAGGCCACCAUGCUACUGAAAGCGAACACAGUCUGUCCCCAGCAGACCUUGGCUCCCCGGCUUCCCCUAAGGAAAGCAGUGAGGCACUGGAUGCUGCUGCUGCCCUCUCUGUGGCAGAGUGUGUGGAGCGAAUGGCCCACACACUGCCAAAAAGUGACUUGAAUGAAGUGAAAGAGCUGCUAAAAAACAACAAGAAGUUGGCCAAAAUGAUUGGUCACAUUUUUGAGAUGAGUGAUGAUGAUCCACACAAAGAGGAGGAAAUUCGAAAAUACAGUGCAAUAUAUGGCAGAUUUGACUCAAAGAGAAAGGAUGGGAAACAUCUCACACUUCAUGAGCUCACUGUUAAUGAAGCAGCUGCCCAACUCUGUGUGAAAGAUAAUGCCCUGCUUACAAGAAGAGACGAACUUUUUGCUCUGGCUAGGCAGAUUUCUCGAGAAGUCACCUAUAAAUAUACUUACAGAACCACCAAGUCAAAAUGUGGUGAAAGAGAUGAAUUAUCCCCAAAGAGAAUUAAAGUAGAGGAUGGGUUUCCAGAUUUCCAGGAUUCUAUGCAAACACUCUUUCAGCAGGCUAGAGCCAAGAGUGAAGAACUCGCAGCCCUUAGUUCACAGCAGCCUGAAAAGGUGAUGGCAAAGCAGAUGGAACUCCUCUGUGCCCAAGCUGGCUAUGAGAGACUGCAGCAUGCCGAGAGAAGACUGUCUACAGGGCUUUACAGGCAGAGCUCAGAAGAGCACAGCCCUAAUGGCUUGCCUUCUGAUAACUCAGAUGGACAAGGAGAGAGACCUUUGAAUCUCCGAAUGCCUAAUUUGCAGAACAGACAGCCCCAUCAUUUUGUGGUGGAUGGGGAGCUGAGUAGACUUUACUCAAAUGAGGCAAAGUCCCACUCCUCAGAGAGCCUUGGGAUUUUAAAAGACUACCCUCACUCAGCUUUUACUUUGGAAAAGAAAGUCAUCAAAACAGAACCUGAAGAUUCAAGAUAGCUGUGAUUCUCCUACUGUUCUCUGGAAAUGGCAUCAGAUUUAAGGAUUAAUGCUCCAUCAUAGAAAUAAGCCUUAAUAACCAAUGUUGCCUCAUUCAGCUCAAACAGAUUUCAUAGCCAAAGCAUAAGAACUCCUGCAGCAGUCUGUGGAAACUGGGAAGAAACAACAACAGCCACAAAAGAGAAAAAUCAAGAGAGAGUUGCAAUUUAUAUCAGAAACAUUUGAUCCAUUCACAUUCCUGUGUAAGUCAUUUUAUGUGGAAAAGCUUACAAGUUAAUAUUGUAAGCAUUCAUUAUUUCAGAAUGUACAAUGUAUUUGUGUAAUUUAUAAAGUAAAAUCUAGAUGUUGAGACCCGUUUGGUCUAAUAGAUGUGGAUACAGUUUAUUUUACUUGAAAUUUUAUUGUCUACUUUAAGUGUAUUUAGCAUAAAUAUUAUUAUCAGAGUUUAGAAUCUUUGCAGUCAUAAAAAAGAAAGCUUAAGUAAUAUGGUUAUUGGCAAGGUUGCAAUGACUGUAGAAAAAUGAAAAGCAAAUUCUCAAUUUAAGCCAAGGAAAAUAUUGUGUAUUUAAUAUUUGAUGAAACUGAUUUUGUUUACCAGGAAAUGUAUAGCAUUUAUCCAUUAAUCUUUUUGCUGUUUUAAUGAGUGCACAUUUACACAAUUAAUUAGAGAAAAGUUAAAAAGAUGAGCACUUGUACUACUAGGAGCACAAACUAAAAGUUAAAAAGAUGAGCACUCAGAAAAAUCUCUCUUACCUAGUUGACCCAGAUGGAAUUGCUAUUUACAUAACAAAUGAAUUUUACAUAACAAAUGAAUAGGAAGCUAUUCCUUGGACAGAACUUGAAACAAGUGGACUAAUGUGUAAAAUCCUUGAUUUAAACAUUGGUAUUUCAGAAUGUGUUAAAUAGAUUAAGAUGUAGUACAUUAACCCUAAAUGUGAUAAAGAUGUUGACUUAACAAAGGCUAUAAUGAUUGUCAGAUUUUAUAUUCAGAAAUUCUUCUCCAAGUAUAGGAGUCAGACUAGGUGGCUCUUGCUGGGGAAUGCCUUCCCACCCAUCCAUCACAAGUGUGGAGUCACUGAUCCAUAUUUGCAGGCAUAUUUCUAUGGAAGUUCAGUUGACAGGUUUAUUAUUUAUUUUACAAUUUCAUUUUUGUACACCUUUCAGAUUUUUGAAUGCUUUUUUUUUUGUAAAAUUCAUUUUAACUUGAAAGUGUACUUAUAAUUUCCCCUAUUUAAUUAGUAGACCGUAUGUUCAUACACACUAUUAAAUAUUAAUAUUGCAUUGGCAUACUUAUAAGAAUUUCAUAUUUGAAUCCAUAGUGGGUAUUAAAAAAAAAGAAAGAAAGAAAAUCCAACUCUGUCCAUAUCCAUUUUUUUCUGCUGAUUGAAGAGAAGAUAUUUGACAGUUUACCUACUUCCUACAGAUUCAUCUAAACCCAGAUACUGCUGAGAAGAAUAUAUGGACAUGGAGUAUAUGUCUGUUUUUAGUUCUGCUUUAAAUCAUAACUGUGUAACAAAUAUUGUCAUGAUCUGUUAUACUAAAAUUUGUCAGCCAAAUGUUAGAUGAAAUGUCUGCACUGUAGUCUCUGAUCACUGUCACAUAUAUAAUUGCUUUUUUCAUUUUGAUUUGUAGAAGAGCUUUAUGGUAGAAAACACCAGUAAACAACUUUUAUACUAUUAAAAGGCUUUUUCCCCUUUCUAAAUGUUUUAAAUGUACCCUAGUAUUUUGCCCACUGAAGAAGCUUUUUAUGGACCUUGCAACUUUGUUGCUAGCUUGAGGUUGAUUAUUGUGGUUCUAUUGUUCACUGUGUGUAGAACUAGUAUGAGUACAAUUUAAAUAGAAUGUUCAGUUUUUAAUAUUAGCCAUAGCACUGGUUAGUAUCUCAGUAGUUUCAUGAAACGUUUCCUGUAUUCUAAUCUAUUUUGAGAAAUUUUUGUGGUUUUUUUUUUUAAUUGUGUCUUACAGUUCAAGUUUAUAGAUUUUAAUAAGCAACAGUUUUUAAAGAUGCAAUAAUCUUCCAACUAGUAUUUAUCCAUCUUUCAUGAACUCACAAACCGCAUCUUUAAAUCCAUAAGUAAGAUUCCUUAAUCAUACUUUUCUGCUCUUUCAAGCUUAGUGAUGAGGAAGCACAAAAAUUUCAGUAGAAAACAGUUUUUAUUUUGUAAACACUAAUGUAUUAAACUUGCUAUACAUUAAAGCAAAUAAUAUAUAUUUUUAUUUGAAUUGUAUAUAUGAAUUGGAUGUUAUAACUAGUUGAUUUUUUUUUUCAUUGUGUUAGAGGUAUUUUCACUGAAUAAGGUCAAUUGGUUACCUCAGUAUUACAGCCAAUAUAGUCCAAGGGACCAUUUUUCCCCUGAGUCUAUGUUAUAUUUUAUUGUGUGAAGUCUGCAUUUUUGUGACUCUUAAAGCUGUUGGUGAGGUGGGAUGAGUGCACUUGUUUCCCAUGGCAAUAAAGAUUUUGUUUGCCUCACAUUUAUGUCCAUAGCACUUUGUGCAUAGCACUUGCCACAGUGGGUACUGUUAGCCUGCUGUACCUCCCUUAUCUGAUUAUUUGGGCUGGGCUUGGGUGUCACAGGACAGGAGCUUAAGUCUUUAAGUUGUAACUAAAUGAGAUUGCCAGUUUCCUUCAUUUCUAAAAGAUUAUUUGGGAAAUGGUUGUAGGUUGAUUCUGGUCUGUCAGAGAGAGAUGUUAGUUUACAUUGUUCUCACUCAUGAGAAGCUUAUAAAGACAUUUUUAAUAGUCUUCACCAUUUUGAACCAACUAAACUAAUAAAUAGGAGAAACAUUAGGAUUUGACAUUUAUAAUAUAUGUUUGUAAAUGUUAAUAUGAUUUGGCCUCAGUGUUACAGGCUAAGUGUGUGAAAUUGUACUAACCUGUAGUAAAGAAUUUUAAUUGACAAGUUUUGAAGAUGAAUCUUCAUCGAAGAGCUUCAAGGUGACAAGCACUAUGCCAGGUAUUAGGAUAGGGAUGAAGACCACAAAAUAAAUAUAAGAUUCAAUCCUUGCCCUUUGUGAACUCAUAAGCUAGUUGGAUGGAAACUAACACCACUCAUAAAAACUACAAAUUUUAGUGUUACAAAAUUGGGAAUAAGGAGCUGACAUCUAAGUGCAUUUUGUGUUAUGUAGUUAUUAUAGUACUACACAUUUUAUAGGAGAAAAUAUUUCAUGAAUGAAAUGUAGAAGAGACCAGCCAGGACUAAAAUGGUUAAUGUUAAGAGGUGAGAUUUGAUACAAAGUCACAGUGGUAAUAUGUUUCAUUUGGAGGCUCUCUUUGUUGUUGUUAAAAAAUAAAAAAUAAAACGAAACAUGCUCUUUUC